AUGGUUGAUAUGGAUUGUAAGAGGAAGAUGGUGUCAUCUAGCAACUCACCUAAGCUUUCUUCAAAGCUCCACGUCACUAUCCCGUCCCCGUUCAAGGUCACCGUCUCGUCUCCGAUCUCAUGCUCCGCACCCGCGGCUUGCUCCGCCUACGAGCUUUACCUCCGUCUCCCUGAGCUGAGAAAGCUCUGGUCAUCUCGUGAUUUUCCCGAAUGGACCUCCGAACCGAUUCUCAAACCGGCUCUCCAAGCCUUGGAGAUCACGUUCAGGUUGGUGUUAGCGGUUUGCUCCGACGCCAGACCGUACGUCAACCACCGCGAAUGGAACCGACGGUUGGAUUCGCUCGUCACGAACCAGAUCCAGCUCGUGGCAGCGAUCUGCGAGGAAGAUGAUGAUGAUAAUGAGGAGAAUAAACCGGGAAGUGGACCGGUUCCGGUCGGGGACGGACGGAGCACCCUCAGCUUGCUCCCGCAGCUAGCCACGUGGCGGAAAUCGGAGGCCAUAGGGAAGAAGAUCCUGUGUACGAUCGAUAACGAGAUGCGUCGGUGUAAGUACACGCUCGGACUCGGCGAACAGAACAUCGCCGGGAAAUCGAAUCUCCGGUACGACGCGAUUUGCCGACCGGACGAGCUGUACGGCCUGAGAGAUAACCCGUACGCGGAUCAUAUCGAUAACGAGGAGAAUCAAACGCUCUAUCUCCUUCAUCAGAUCCUCGAAUCGUGGAUCCACGCAUCUGGGAAUCUCCUGAAUCGGAUCGUCUCGAGCAUCGAGGAAGGGAGAUUCGGAAGCGCGUCGAGCGAUGUUUACUUGCUGGAGAGGAUCUGGAAGCUUCUAGCGGAGAUUGAAGAUCUUCACAUUUUAAUGGAUCCGGAGGAUUUUCUGAAAUUGAAGAAGCAGUUGCAGAUCAAAUCGACAGGGAAAAACGACGCGUUCUGUUUCCGAUCUAAAGGAUUAGUGGAGAUGAUGAAGAUGUCGAAGGAUUUGAGGCAGAAGGUGCCGGCGGUGCUGGCGGUUGAGGUGGAUCCCACCGGAGGACCGAGAUUGCAGGAGGCGGCGAUGAGGCUUUACGCGACGAAGAGAGAGUGCGAUAAGAUCCAUCUGCUUCAGGGGAUGCAGGCGGUGGAAGCUGCAGCGAAGAGUUUCUUCUUCUCGUAUAGGCAGCUAGUUGCGGCGAUGAUAGGAAGCGCGGAGACGAACGCGACGGCGAGUCAGGAGUCGUGUGACUCGCUGAGUCAGAUAUUUAUGGAGCCGACGUAUUUCCCGAGCCUUGACGCGGCGAAAACGUUCCUCGGAGAAUUCUGGAGUCAUUUGGGAUGA